UUUUCAGCUAUCAUGGACCAAGACAUUUACUCCGGCUUUGAUGAAGUCAAAGACUUGUCAGUGUUACAAAAUGAAGACGUCUUUCAAGAAGCUGUCACAACAAGUUAUGGUCAAAGAAGAGGGCCAUUGGUCGUUCCUCAAUCUCGUGGAGGUGCUGGAUUUGGCACAAAAACUGCUAGUAAACCGCCACCCACAGCUAUUAGAGGAGUGUUAGGGUCAAGAAGGGGGACUGCAACAGCAGGAGGGGAAGGCGCUGGUGGAAGGCCAAUCACAGCCAUUACUGCUGCAGGAUUUUCUACUGGAGCAGCUAAUCGCAAACCAGGAGCUGUUGACUUCCGCGGAUCUGCUGCUGAAGCCAAGUUGGAAGAAACUCCAGAGGCAGCUAUCAAGAAGAUGGAGAAAGAAAUAAUGGAUUUGAUUGAUGAGAGUUCUUUUUCUCUGGAAAACAGGCAACAUAAAGUAGCCCUUGAAAAGGCCAACAAGGCUGUAACCAAGGAGAAAAUAUUACAGCGACAUCGUGAUCUGCAAGGAUUUUCUGAACAAACAUACUUGGACUUAACUUACUCUGUUUAUUUCAAUUCAGGUAAUGUUUUUGAGGCAUGUGAAAUGUACCAAGAAGCCCAAACAGCAUACAUGGCUAUCAUAAAAAACAAAGCUUUCAGUAAUGCUGGUCGUUUUAGAGUUAAUCUUGGGAACAUUUUGCUCAAGCAGGGAAAGCAUGUAGAAGCAAUCAGAAUGUAUCGCCGAGCUCUGGACCAAAUUCCUGAAACACACACCCACAUGAGGAUCAAGAUACUAAAAAACAUUGGAGUCACUUUCAUCAAAAUGAGCCCACCACAAUAUUCAGAUGCCAUUGUGUCAUUUGAACACAUCAUGAAAACGAAGCCUGACUUUAGAACUGCUUUCAAUUUGACUCUCUGCUACUAUGCUAUUGGUGAUCAGGACAAGAUGAAGAAAGCUUUUCACAGGCUACUAACAGUGCCAAUUGAAGGAAUUGAAGAUGACGAUCGGUAUUUGCAGUAUGGAGAUGACCCUCAUUCGUCAUUAGUACUUGAAGCAAUUAAAGAUGACGAGCUUAGAAAAAUCGAAAGAAAUAAGAAAAGGUUAGCUGAAAAAUCAAUAAUUCAAGCAGCAAAACUUAUUGCUCCUGUUAUUGAAAGUACUGAGGCUCUUGGUUUUGACUGGUGUGUGGAUUGUGUAAGAGAAUCUCAGCACAAUGAACUGGCCAGCGAGCUGGAAAUCAACAAGGCCAUCAUGUUUCUCAAGCAAAAGGAUUUCCAGAAAGCCGUCGAAGCCCUCAAAGUAUUUGAAAAGAAGAACUCUAAAAUUGCAUCUACUGCUGCCAACAAUCUAUCGUUCUUGUAUUUCUUGAAAGGUGAAUCAAACGAAGCUGAAAAGUAUGCUGACCAAGCAAUUGAAAGUGAUAGAUAUAAUCAGUGUGCACUUGUAAAUCGUGGCAACAUUCAUUUUAAGGCUGGUGAACUGGAAAAAGCCCGGGAUUAUUAUCAAGAAUCUCUUGCCAUCGAGUCGGGUUGUGCUGAAGCACUGUAUAACUUAGGGCUAACCUUCAAAACGAUGGGUAAUCUUGACAAUGCACUGGAAUGCUUUGAAAAGUUACACACAAUACUGAACAACUGUCCUGAGGUAAUAUAUCAGAUAGCGGCCCUGUAUGACAUGAAACAAGAUAUCCAGCAGUCUGUUGAUUGGUUCAUGCAUCUCAUAACAAUUGUUCCCACAGACCCUGGUAUUCUUUCACAGAUUGGAGCGAUAUACGACCAAGAUAGCGAUCGAUCUCAAGCCUUCCAGUACUUCCUGGAAUCUCAUAAAUACUUUCCUUCUGAUAUCUCAACAAUCUCUUGGCUUGGUGCUUUUUACAUUGAUGGGCAGUUCCAUGAGAAAGCGAUCCAAUACUUCGAAAGAGCCUCACUAAUCGAACCUCAAGAAGUAAAGUGGCAGUUGAUGAUAGCUAGUUGUUACAGAAGAAGCGGUAAUUAUCAGCAGUCCCUUGCUACCUACAAGAAGAACAUGAGAUUCCCAGAUAAUGUCGAAUGUCUCAAGUUUUUGGUAAGGAUCUGCACGGAUCUAGGACUCAAAGAACUUCAGGAAUAUUCAAACAAGCUAAAGAAAGCAGAGAAAUCAAAGGAGCUUCGAGAACAGCGGAGGGAAAAUUCAGGUCGAAAAAGUGGUCGUAACCGUGGAAGUGGGGGGAGUGAGAGGUCGAAUUCGGGACAGAGACAACCGUCAGGACGCCAGAACUCAGGGAGAAAGCAGGAUCAGGAGAUUGCAAUCAGAGACACAAAUAGUGGGCGCAAGAAACCUGUUGACGCGACUUACUCUGAUCCGAUAGGAGAUCUUCCACCACGACCUCGAACUGCCGCAAGGAGCAGAGUUGUGGAGGAUGAUGACUUUGGAGAUGAGGAGCUGGGUGAUGAUUUGCUUCCUGAGUAAUUUUAGACAUUGUGUUUUGAACUAUAUCACGAGCGGAACUGUUAUAUUUGAAUAUAAUAUGUGGUUUAGAUCUUUAAACGUUUUCUCUGAG